AUGUUAACUGCACUUAAGAGGAAAAGACACAUAUUGUUGCCAAUACUUAUAAUAUUAUCGAUUAUUGGAUUUGUUCAUUAUUCAAGUUCAAUUCUGUUUAAUACUUCAUCAAAUUCCAACAAUUCAUCAUUUUUAAAACUGCAAAUCCCAAUUUCAUCAAAUACUAAUGGGAAAGCUGCUAAAUAUGUACCAAAAUUUAAAAAAUUAACAUUCAUUGAUUAUGAUUUUGAUUUUACUAAAGUAACUUAUACUUCAACCAAUGAUAAAUUCACAUCUACUUAUAAAUCAAUGAAUCGUGAUGAUGGGAUAGUUGAAGAUAGUUCAGUUAAUUAUUUUCCUGGUAAACAAACUAUUUUAAUCAUGUCAGUUAUUGGAAAUAGUAGUCCAUAUGGAAGAGAUCGAAAUUUUGAACAAUUUUUAAAAACAAUACUUUCAAUAGUUGAAGAUCAAUCAGAUUAUAUUAUAUCAUUAUCAUUAUUAUGUAAUAAUCCUGAUGAAUUUAAUAAUAUUCAAAAAUAUUUUGAAAAUGAAUUAGAAAAUAAUUUAGAAUUAUUUUCAACUUUAUUUGAAUCCAUAAUUAUUGUAUCGGCUCCAUUUUUAGAUGAAAAUUCAGGAUUUAAUAGAAAUGAAAGACAUAGAGAUUCAAUUCAAAGAUUAAGAAGAAGAUUAAUUGCAAAAUCAAGAAAUUUCUUAUUAUUACAUUCUUUAAAUAAUCAACAAUAUAUUCUAACUAUUGAUUCAGAUAUGAUUAGAUUUGAUAAUCCUGAAAAAUUCAUAUCAAGAUUUAUAAAUUCUAAAAAAGAUAUAGUUGUUCCAAGAAUUGAACGUCCAGGUUUAAAAGAUUAUGAUAAAAAUUCAUGGAGAGGUGAAAGAACAAAACCAAAUCAAGAACAAUUGGAUAAAAUGGAUAAUAAUCAAUGGGAUCAAUGGGAUUAUGUUCCAAGAGAUGUUCAAAAUAAUAUGUACCAUUUUCAAACUUACAUUGACAACAAAGAUAAUGAAUUUGAAUUACAUAAAGAUGAUCCUGAUUAUAUCAUUCCUUUAGAUUCUGUUGGUGGAGCUGUAUUGUUUAUGAAAUCAAUUGUCAUUAAACAAGGUGUCAUUUUCCCAACUAGUUUAAUUGUUGGUACCACUUGGGAUAGACAAGAAGGAUAUGAUGGAAUUGAAACUGAAGGAGUUUGUUAUUUAGCUAAACCUCUAGGUUUUUCAUGUUGGGGUAUGCCAAAUAUAGUGGCUCAUCAUACUGGAUAG